GCGCUUAGUUCUAACAACAUUUUCUUUGCACGUCAUGAAUUCACAAGUGGAAUCACAACUGAAACAAAGGUUCCUCGAAUUUAAAAGAACCUCGACAAAGAUAGGGUUAGAGGAAGCUCUGGUACAAUUCAAAUCAGUUGGACAACAAGACUGGAAAUUUGAAGUCCUUUGUGAGCUUUUUUACAUUCAAGCCAAUGUUCAGCAUGAGCCAACGGAACGGGCCAAUAAGAAUAUUCGUGGUAAUUUACGACUUUUGAAUAAUGAUAGCUUUUUAAGAGAAAAUGGUGUAUUGGUAUUUGAAGUAAUUGAGUUAUACGAUGAUAUUGAAAUCGAAGAGGGAGCGGAGUCUUGUUGGAAGUAUUUAUUAGAAGGGUUCGUUCAUAUAUCGACAAGAUGUGAUUUAGUGAAAGGAUUAACAAAAAACAACGAAUUUGCGUAUAAAGAGUUUAUCGAUCAAUUACUGCAAUGUGUCCAUAAACUUAAUUCAAUAUAUGCAAUGCAACUAAGCGAGAUGAUCUUUAAAAUAAUCGAGGAAUAUCCAGAUUAUGCCUUCAUGGUUCGAUUUAAAUUGGUCGAGAUGCAAAUCUUGCCAGAUCUUAUAACAAGGUUAACAGUUAUCUAUUGUCGAGACAUAAUCGAGUUUUUAAACGGGAUAUUCUACGGAAAAUCUACUUGGUUUCUAGCGCAGUCCGUAAAUAGUGGGCAUCUUUUUAUAAAGAUGAAACAACGAGUUAUAACUGAAAUAGAGUCAUACUCCUCCGAUCUUGCAACAAAUCAUGUAGCAAUAGCAUCCGCUAUGCGAGCGCUAGCAGGUAUAGUUGGUUAUUUUGGAAUCAAACUUUUGGAUUCCGAAGUUCUAUUACUAUUAAAAGUACUUGGUCAGACUUAUACAGAGAGACUGGUUCAACUCUCACUUUGUUUGAUCUUAAUAUCAGCCGAUCAAUUUCUUAGAAAACAGAAAGAACUAUCUUUGGUGUUUGGUCAAGUACUUCAAUCCGAGAUAUCUGAAAUGCCUUUGUUGAUAUUGGUUUAUUUCCAAACAGAUGCGAUCCAGCAAAUAGAAGAUAAUGUUCGAUCCGUCUUAGCAAUGCAGGUACCAAUACCCAAAUUAGGCCUCUUCGAAAUCCAAAAGCUGUUUCGAACCUUGAAAACAAGCGCGAUCUAGCCAGGUUAUUUGUGGAUAGCCUUGUAUAUAGUAAACCCUAGUAGUAAGGUUUCUCGUAUAUGUACGUGUAUAAUAAAUCGAUUAUUUUAAUACAAUGUUUUGC